GUUAGAAUAUUGCCUACCCUUUAAGUGGACAUCUGGGCUGGGUUAAUCUAUCCAGAAGGCUAAAAAGCUCAACAAAUCUCUCUGAAGUUCAACACAGCAAACACUUUUUCAACUAAAACACCAACUUGUUAUCAGAUAAAUAGUUAACCACCUCCAGCAUUUAAAGACCAAGCUGAAUCAUGUUCCGACUUUUGACUGCCUGCUGGUCUCGUCAAAAGACCACAGAAUUAAAACAAAGGAAUGUGACUAUCAUUGUCAUUGGCUUGGACAACUCUGGCAAAAGUCAUCUCAUAGAGGCCUUUCAAAGAUUAAUUCCUAGCAAGAUGCACAGUGAAAUGAGACCAACACAAACAACACUUCUACUAGAUGAUUACCAAGUAUCUGUCUAUGACCUAACCGGAGACCUAAAAGGCCGGGAGAAAUGGUCAAGCUACUAUGCUCAGGCCCACGGGCUUAUUUUCGUGGUGGAUUCUAGCGACAUAGCACGCAUCCAGGAAGUGAAGAUCAUCUUAACUCGCUUAAUGUUUGACAAGAGGAUAUCAGGGAAACCCAUCUUAAUCCUGGCAAACAAACAAGACAAGAAGAAUGCUCUUUUGCCUUGUGAUAUCAUUGAAUAUCUACUUCUGGAAAGGCUCGUGAAUGAGACGAGAUCCAUGUGCCGCGUGGAGCCGUGUUCAACCAUAAAAAGCCUUCCAAAGAGGCAACAACAGCCAAUAGUUGUAGGGCUGCGAUGGCUACUAGCUGCCAUUGGGGAUCAAUACAGUGAGCUGUAUACUCGACAACAAAUACCCAAUAUGAGCAUCUCAAACUCCAAGAACAUCAGAGGCUGUGGAGAAAGAUGCUCAUCAGACAGCUUACCUAACAGAGUGAGUAUAGUCAGACACAGCAACAGACAGCAUUUUGAGAAAAGACAACAACACAUGGAGCAUAGACAGCAUGUGGAACAAAGGCAUUUUGAGAAAAGACAGCAUUUUGAGGCAAGACAGCACUUAAUACAACGCUCACUGGAUGCUAGGCCCCUAAAGCCAAUUCUACAGAAAGAAGGUUUUCGAAUAAGGCCCAAAAAGAAUAUGUCAGUAACAUUUGCUCUAGAUGUCAUCAUGGAGGAAGGGGAAUGUUCUCGGAAGAUUGGAGCUCCCAACAUCAGUAAGCCUUGCAGUAGUCAGUGUUAUGAUACAAAGACUCCAGCUCCAUCUGUUGAUGUCAAUCUUUUCAAAGCUCGUAAGCCCAAAAAGAGAAUAGAAACCUGGGACACUGAAGAAAUGUUCGUGGAAGAUCCUCGUGGAGAAGCCUUCUGUUCCUGUGACUUAACAGAAUACUAAAGAGUAAACAGAGUAACAGCAAAAUCAUCAUUUCCUCUACCACCUUAUGGUAACUGGGCACAUCUCCAGAAGCAGCAGAAACACCCAGUCUUUGUUUUUCACUGGAUAACACCUCUACAGCCCACGAACAAGUUCACCUAUUCAAACAUCACAUCCUUGAGAACCACUGUUUCUGCACACCAGUGUGGUAGCCAGUCAGUUCAUCCAUACUCACCAAGAGCCUCAGGAAGUUAUGUACUUUCCACCUGCACGAAGAAGAGCCAAAGACUGAGACGCUCCUGACAGAGCUUCCGGAUAAAAUGUCACACACAACUGAAACUGAGCCUUAGACAAACAGGGUUACUUUAGAAUCACACAUUUCUCUUUAAGGUUCUCAGGUAUAAAGGGAAUGGCAAAAUAAAUAAGAAUAAUGUUCUA